AUGGCAAUCUCCCAGCCGUCUUCCAUGUUCGGAAAAGACCUCGAGCCUGACGCAACGACCGUCAACAGUCAUGUCAAGGCAGAGGUAGUAGCAGCAGAACCACCAAAGCCCGCAGGACCCCCUCCACCACCUAAUGGAGGCACGAGAGCAUGGCUCCAAGUCCUUGGGGCCUUUUUCUUGAACUUCAACACUUGGGGUCUCUUGAACACUUUCGGCACAUUCCAGUCUGAAUAUAGUACGGGGUUGCUGAGAGACUCGUCGCAGUCUUCGAUUGCUUGGAUUGGAUCGCUGCAGGCGUUUUUGAUGCUGGUGAUUGGAGUUCUGUGUGGACGCGCUCUUGAUGCUGGAUAUUUCUACGUAGAUAUCGCUCUGGGUGUCUUUCUUGAGGUGUUCGGCAUGAUGAUGACUUCGAUUUGCAAGGAGUACUGGCAGGUUAUCCUGGCACAUGGCCUGUGUGUCGGCAUUGGCGCCGGAAUGUCAUUCAUCCCCAGUGUUGCCAUCGUGGGCACGUAUUUCUCGACGCGACGAUCCACUGCGCUGGGUCUGGCUGCCACCGGCUCAAGCGUCGGAGGCAUCAUCUACCCCGUCGUGCUGAGGCGUCUGAUCGUCCAGAUUGGACUGCCCUGGGCGGUCCGAGUCAUGGCGUUCAUCAUGUUCGGAACGCUUCUCAUCUCGGUUGCUGUUAUGAAGCCUCGUCUUCCGCCUCGCAAGUCAGGUCCGCUGAUCAACGUCGAGUCGCUCCGGGACACGGUCUUUGUGCUUUGGCUCUUCGCUGCAUUCUUCAUCUUCGUCGGUCUCUACAUCCCAUUCUUCUACGUCGAGCAGUACGGUAUCAACCUUGGCAUGUCGCGGGACUUGUCUUUCUAUAUGCUGAUCAUCAUGAACGCGGGCUCGGUCCCCGGCCGUGUCAUGCCGUCCAUCAUGGCCGAUAAGAUCGGUAACCUGUCGGUCAUGAUCCCGUCAGUCCUGCUCACUGGUAUCUUGAUGCUCGCAUGGAUCAGCGUGGAAUCUCAGUCGGGUCUGAUCCCCAUUUCGGUAUUUGUCGGCUUGGCAAGCGGCUCUAUUCAGGCCGUGCUUCCCGCGACAGUCGCCUUCCUUUGUCCCGAUCUGUCUAAGCUAGGCACCAACAUCGGCAUGACCCUCUUUGCGUCGGGUCUGGGAUUGUUGAUCGGUAGCCCUGUGGCGGGUGCGCUUCUGGACCACCAGCGAACGUCCAGUGGAGAUGUCUUCUGGGGCACGUUGACCUUUUCCGCGCUCUUUAUCUUGGCGGGAGGUGUGUGCUUGAUCAUUGCUCGCGUGGUCAAGGUGGGAUUCGUUUUGAAGAAGGCUUGA